ACAAAACAGAAAUUCCAAAGUGGUGAAAUUGCUGUUAGCGGGGACCAAUGGCCUCUGUUUGUCUAUGCCAACGAGGCCUAUGAUCCAGAGGAUCCUUGGAAUGGCCUCCUCAGAAGCCGUUUACUUGUAAAUGCAUUCAGGCAUGUUUUUACAUUACCAAGUUCAGUGGACAAAGAGCUCAAGGCAACACAUGUAGGAAACACUCGAUUUCAUGGUAUGACUAAUGUUACAGCUGCUUCAGUAGCAUAUGUGGCAACUCAGAUUCAAUUUGCACUCUGUUCAUCCUCAGUAUUUUCGUGCACCGAUACAGUCACAGGUUCUGAAACAUUCUAUCACUCUCUUCUCGACCUUUUGGAGGACCCAGAUGAACAUGGGGAAGUCAUAGAACUACUGCUCUGGUGGAAUCAUCAGAUAUUUCCAAUGUCAUCGGCUGCUAAACAAUCUCUCAAGGUCAACAGUGCUCUCUCUAAAAUUCGCCAAAAGAGAGCCACUCUGAAAGAUGCAGAUGGAAGUACUACUUGA